CUUCUUUCUUUAAUUUUUCUCUCUAGAGCAUUUUUUUUAAGUUAAUUAAAUUAAAGAAUCAUGCAGUUGCAGGUGGGCCAAAACGACGACGUCGAUCCAGUGGAGUUCGACGCGUCGGUCCUCCGUCACCAGCACAGCAUUCCUAGGCAGUUCAUCUGGCCGGACGAGGAGAAGCCGGGGGCCCACUGCCCGGAGCUGGAAGUCCCACUGAUCGACAUGUCGGGAUUCCUAUCCGGCGAGAGCGGGGAGGAGGCGGUCCGACUCGUCGGCGAGGCGUGUAGAAAGCACGGGUUCUUCGUGGUGGUGAACCACGGGGUGGAUCCGAAGUUGAUAGCGGAGGCCCACGAGUGCAUGAACCAAUUCUUCGAGAUGCCGCUGCCGCAGAAGCAGAUGGCUCAGAGGAAGCCCGGCGAGAGCUGUGGCUACGCCAGCAGCUUCACCGUCCGUUUCUCCUCCAAACUCCCUUGGAAGGAAACUCUUUCCUUCCGCUUCUCCGCCGACAACUCGUCCCACCUCGUUUAUCGUUACCUUUCCGCCAAACUCGGCCACCAAUUCUCUCACUUUGGGAGGGUUUACGAGGAGUACUGCGAGGCAAUGAGUGGGCUGUCGCUGGGGAUAAUGGAGCUGCUGGGGAAGAGCCUUGGAGUGGGAGGAGAGUACUUCAAGAACUUCUUCAGAGACAAUGAUUCGAUAAUGAGGCUCAACUUCUACCCGCCGUGCCAGAAGCCGCAUCUCACAUUGGGCACUGGCCCUCACUGCGACCCAACUUCUCUGACCAUUCUUCACCAAGACCAAGUCGGUGGACUCCAAGUUUUUGUCGACAAUCAAUGGAGACUCAUCGCCCCAAACUUUGAUGCUUUUGUUGUCAAUAUCGGUGACACUUUCAUGGCACUGUCAAAUGGGAGAUACAAGAGUUGCCUGCACCGAGCGGUGGUGAACAGCGAGACAACAAGGAAAUCUCUGGCAUUCUUUUUGUGUCCAAGAAAUGAUAAAGUGGUAAGCCCACCCAUGGAGUUGGUGGACACUCAGAACCCACGAAUAUAUCCAGAUUUCACUUGGUCCACUCUCCUCCACUUCACUCAGACCCAUUACAGAGCCGACAUGAAAACCCUCCAAGUUUUCUCUGCCUGGCUCCAACAACAUUACAACGACAACAUUAAUAAUAAUAAUCAUCAGCUUAUUUCUUAAUUAAUUAAUAAACCCACUUCUCCUCCUUCUUCUUCUUCUUGUACUGGCUCUUCUUGUUCCUAAAAGUUACGUUGUUGUUGUGGUGAGGAAAAUGGAGAUGGGGGGCAGAGAUUUAAUUUGGGGGUUUUCUUUCGAGGGGAAGACAAGGGAAAAGUUGGGAGAAAAGCCAGCUGCUUUUCUUUUGUUUUUUUGUUAUUAUUUUUAUUAUUAUAUUAUUGUAUAUUUUUUUAAUUUAUGUUUCUGGAUCUUAGCUUCUACUGAAAUCAACCCUCGGUUAAAUUAAAUAUAUACUUCUGUCUCCAAUGUCUUGGAGAUUUAAAAAAG